UCAUGCUGCUGCCAGGUCCAGAGUCUCUCAUGGGUCCCUGUACGGCCUCCCAUUGCUGCUGUCUCCAUCGCCACACUCUGCCAUGUGCCACUUUCAGGUCUCCUCACACUGCUGGUGGGUUCCAUUUUUGUCAUAGGGUGCUGACAGAUUACGGGCCUCCCAUUGCUGCUGCCAGGCCUGUAAUCUGCCAUGGGCCUCCGUACCUGCGCCUGGUCACGCUGCUGCUGGGUCCACAGUGUGACAUGGGUCCCUGUACCGCCUCCCAUUGCUCCCACUCUGCCAUGUGCCACUUUGAGGUCUCCUCACACUCCUGCUGGUUU